UAUUGCAAAUAUACUCAAUGAAUAGAAACAUCAAAACGACACAACCUGCAACUUUUCUAGCAAUUUACCGCAAUUAUGGAGUUGUCCAUGACCCAUUUCAUCACUUCUAUUGCAAAUUUUAUGUUUACUGAGUAGAAACAUCAAAGCUAAAGAACGCACAACCUUUCAGUAAAUUUACAAAUCAAUCAUGAUGUUGUCCAUGAGCCAUUUCAUCACUUCUAUCCUUCUUGUUUUGAUCCCAGUUGUAGCUUCAUUCUCCUUCAAUUUGACAAACAUUGGUCCACAAAAUCUGAAUCGUGAAAUAGUGACAGAAGGUGACGGUUACAUCUCCGAAGAUGGAAUCCAUGUGACCCCGGAUGGGAUCCGAAAAGUCGGACGGGCCACAUUCAUCAGACCACUACAUCUUUGGGACAACAGGUCUGGUGAGCUAGCCAGCUUCAGUACAAAUUUCACGUUUGUCAUUGAUGCAAGCGGGCUUACAAGUUAUGGUGAUGGCCUCACGUUCUUUCUUGCUAAGAAUAACUCUGUGAUGGCUCCUGGUAGAGCCAUGGGGCUUCCAGUCAACUACACAACCCAUGAGCCCAUGAGCCGAUUUGUUGCGGUUGAGUUUGAUACUUACUGGAAUGGUAUUGAUGCAAAUGCCUCUAGAAAUAUUACAUUGAAUGAUCAUGUUGGUAUAGACAUCAACUCUCUAUUUUCUGUUAGAGCUCAAAAAUGGCUAAAUAAUGCAACCAGUGCGGGCGUGUGUCAAGCAUGGAUUGCGUAUGAUUCGGUUUCGAGAAAUCUUAGUGUUUCCUUCACCGGUUAUCAAAAUAAUACGGUGGUGCGUCAAGAUGGACUUGUUUACACAGUUGAUCUCAGGAACGAGUUGCCUGAAUGGGUUAUCUUUGGGUUUUCUGCCGCGACUGGAGCGUCGGUCCAGAAGCAAUAUGUGAGAUCUUGGAGUUUUGAUAGCUUGGAAUUACAAGCUGAUGAAAACAACGAAAUGCAACCCAACGCAAGUCCUGAUCCAAUGGAAGGGAAAAAAAGCCGAGUGGGAUUAGUAGUUGGAAUAUUGGCUCCGGUUACCUUUCUGGUUGUCCUUGCAUUUAUUUGGUGGAUGAGGAAGAAGAAUAGAGAUGAUCAACCAGAGGACAUUGCACUCGAUGAAGAGAUGAACUAUGAUUUCGAAAUAGGAACCGGGGCUAAAAGAUUCUCUUACCAUGAAUUAGCUCUAUCAACUAGCCACUUCGCAAAGAAAGAGAAGCUUGGAGAGGGAGGAUUCGGUGGUGUUUAUAGAGGUUUUUUGAAAGAUUCGCGCACUUACAUAGCGGUGAAAAGGGUGUCGAAGAGUUCAAAACAAGGGAUAAAGGAAUAUGCAUCAGAAGUUAAGAUCAUUAGUCGACUAAGACACAGACACCUUGUGCAACUCACUGGUUGGUGCCAUGAGAAACGAGAACUCCUUCUUGUUUACGAGUAUAUGGAAAACGGAAGCUUAGAUUCACAUCUUUUCGAGGCGAAGAGCUUAUUGAGAUGGGGCACAAGGUUUAAAAUUGCCCAAGGCCUCGCUUCUGCUUUGUUUUAUUUGCAUGAAGAAUGGGAGCAAUGUGUUUUGCAUAGAGAUAUUAAACCUAGUAAUGUGAUGUUGGAUUCGAAUUUCAGUGCGAAGCUUGGUGAUUUCGGGUUGGCUAAAUUGGUUGACCACGAGAAAGGCUCGCAGACAACGAUGUUAGCUGGAACGAUGGGGUACAUGGCUCCUGAAUGUGCAGUGACUGCAAGGGCAAGCAAGGAAUCAGAUGUGUAUAGUUUCGGAGUGGUUGCCUUGGAAAUCGCAUGUGGACGGAAAUGUAUAGAGUUCAAGGCUGAGGAAAAUAAAAUACGGUUAAUAGAAUGGGUUUGGGAGCUCUACGGGACGAAGACCCUUUUAGACGCAGUUGAUCCACGUUUAGAGUUGGAGUUUGAGGAAGAAGAAAUCAAGUGUUUAAUGACAACUGGUUUAUGGUGCGUGCAUCCUGACCCAGAACUUCGCCCAUCAAUGAGACAGGUGAAUCAAGUAUUAAACUUUGAAACUUCACUGCCUAUAAUCCCUUCAAAGAUGCCAAAAGCGUCUUACCUGAUACAUCCCAUAUCUUCACUAGAUGAAAACACGAAUUCCCAAAAGCAAACAACAUCGAUGGCUUCUUCUUCUCCGUUGUAUCACUCUUGCACUCAAUCGUCAGUACAAUGACAUCUGUCACAAACUACGUUUCUUUUUUUCAAUUAUGUGCUAUUGUUGGAAUAUAUUAGGGUAAAGCAGCUGUUAGCGUUAGACUUUUAAUUUGCAUUCCGGGUCGUAUUACACCUUCAUAUACUUUUG